AUGAAAUCCUUCAUCAUCGCCUCUGGAACAGCACUGCUAUGCGCCGUGUCGGGUGCAGCAGUUGGAACACCAGUAUUGGAAGCUCGUGCUACUUCGUCAGCAUGGGCCGUACAAAGGCCCUCGGAGCGACCGGUCGCCAAUGACCCCCGUGUCCAGGGCUGCUUCUCAUCCGCAGGAGACCUUACAUUCAUCCAGACCGUCGAGUUCAAUUCAAGGGACUCAUGCCCCAAGGCCAUCUGCAUGAACAAGCUGGGCAAGAACGUCGGUGGUACCAUUAGAGGAAAUGAAUGCUGGUGUGGUGACAAGUACCCGCCAAAGUCAUCACUCGUUGACGACAAGGAGUGCAACGCCGCCUGUACGGGCUAUGGCCAAGAAGCUUGCGGAGGAGACAAAGUCUGGACCAUUUACAACACAGGCAAGCAGGCAUACGGCAUUGACUACCUGCCCGACGAAACCAAAAACAACACCCAAACCGAGGCACCGAAGCCUGUUGCUACCAGCGCUACCCCGUCUGCGUCUCCCUCAACCCCUCCACCGGCCAGCAGCGGAGGCAACACGGCAGGAAUUGCUGCGGGUGUAGUUGUUGGUGUUGUUGCCCUGGCGGCCAUUGCUGGCGGUGCUUGGUUCUUUUACCGCAAGCGCCGUAACCAGGCACUCGAAGAGGAGCAUCGCCGCAACGCUGCUGUGAAUGCCUUCAUCCACGGCAACAAGCCGCCGAGCAGCAGUGGAGGCGUCUCACUCACCGAUUCGAGAAUGGAUCCCCAAAUGGCUCAAAGGAGGAUGAGCGACGGCAGCAUCGCAGACAAUCAAGACUACUCGAGGAGAAUUCUGCGGGUAAGCAACGUUUAA